CCUUCUCUCGUCCGGUCUUGGCUCUUAUCGCCCGCCGCCGGCUUGUGGCCCGUGAGUAACCCAAUACGAACCUACCCUAAGCUUUUGCCUUAGGUACCAAUCUACCAGAGCUUACCCGGGGGUUAAUGCUCCCGCUCAUUCGUCCGCCAUUCGCCCGCACUAUAUACAUCGAGAGUAUCAUUUCCAUCUGGAAAUGCAUCGCCGGCCCCUUUUCAGGCACCUUACUCGAGCAUGUCGAGCGUAGCCUUUGCCAAAUCCCCGCCACUACUCAGUAACCAGCGGUGCCCGAUUUCACCGUCAGCGACAACCUCGUUAGCUUCACUGAGCCAUCACAAAUGUCUCACCCUGUUGAGAAAAUGAUGCAUAUGACUGCAAUAUCUCACGCUCAGGCGUCUUCUAGACUCCCUCGAUUGGACACGCCAUCCUCUCGCCCAACUGAGUUCAUGAUGGCGAAGCAGCCGCCAAUGUGUGUGUGUUGAGCUCGUGGCGCUGCCUUCGAACCGACCUAGGCCUCUCCCUCCUCUCCGCGUAAGCAACUCGAUCCAAUGAAGGCCCUCUCCGCCACUCGUCACCGCUCAUCGUCCUCCCUGGGCGCGUCAGGACGGAUGGGCACCAUGUCAUGUCAGUCUCGGACAAUGCGCGUCGCUCGAUUGAUUGUUGUGGUCGACGUCAACAUUUUCGAGGUCAUCUACGCCCCUCCUCGGACAAAACAACACAACAACAUCUUGGGUGGACGCAGUCAAAACAGUUUUUGUUUCUGGGGCCUUUGCAAUGGCGUGAUCGACUAGAAGAGACCCAUAAUCAAGUCUAGGUCAGUCAGGUCAAGGGAGCAAUGGAGCUGGAGUCUGAGCUGGAGCUGGGGACUGGAGCUAGACAGGAGAGAGGAGAGAGGAGAGGGACAAAAAUCCGCGCAAACAGCACAUGACCCCGGCUCCCGAUUCUUCCUCUUGAUAUGGGUCGGGGGUCUCCUUCUCGAAGCUCAACCCCUCCAGGCUCCAAGACUCGCAAGAAAACUCCACCUCUCCAAGUCUCCACAACCGUACAUCGGAGCCAGAAUUCGCCGAUAUUGCAGGUUGAGCAAAGACUGGGUCGGCCAAUGGGCCAGAGUCGCUGGCACUGGGGCCUGGCCACAGGCUGCCCUGUGCCCAAGCCUCCUGGGCUCCUGGGCCAGCCUCAAGGAGGCUUUUAGACUCUUCUUUUCGCGGGUCGCCUAGCUUCGUCGUACCCGGCGGUCGAGACCCGGUUUCAAGUCUGCACGCCCGCCAGCUCGAAUACGGGCCUUCACUUUUUCCACCACCUCGCAACGUGCUCAUCAACUCCUCCAAGCUUCCCAUCCCCACGGCUGAAACCAAGCGUACCAUGGUAGCGAUAUAGGCUCCCGGCUCUUAGCAUCCCGUCUUUCAGUUUCCACCCCGUUGAGCUUGAGGGGUUUCCCGCCCGCGAUGCACUGCCUCGACGACCCAAGAAUGCAGCAUCGGACGGACGCAACACGGGCGGCGGCGCAGUCGUCAAGCUUGGAAUGCGCUCGACUCUGGCUGUGACAGAGCCGAUGCUGCUAGGCAGUGAUGAUCACUGAGCAUUGAGGUGCCUCCUUCGCAAUGACUGUUCCGACGCCCCAGCCAUGAUCACUUGGGAAUUCGAGCGAGGACAGGCUCAGUCUGCCGAUGAGCUCACCAGUGCGACUUCCUCGGCGAUGUAGCCCUGGACUGCGGCACCAAACAUUCUCACGCCCCGCGGCUUCGUUCUUGGCUUGUUUACCUGUCACGACUGACACCAGAAACGGGCGGGCCAGGACGCCUCUUCGUCUGACGUGCUCGUCUAAAAAGACGCUUUACCGGUCGAUCAGCGUUCAUGUUUUUUUCAAUAAAAGAAACCGCCCCCAAAAAACGGAAGGCAUGUUGGUACCCGUCCGUGGGUGGGACGGCAGGCCGGUACGCGUCUUGGCUCUCUGAAAACCCCCUCAACUCUCAACCACCGAGUUGCAACUCGGGGACCAGGUCAGACAGGAGAUCGCCUGCACAGACGAGAUGGUUCUCGACAGGGCUCCGGCGGGAACGUCAAGAACUGUUGCACCCCAAUGCAUCGGGAUCCCGGUCCUAUAUCAGCCACAGACUAAGCUACCCCAAGCUUCCGCUACAGCCGUGUGUCCCGCAGCAUUGGCAGCCAAAUCAAACCCUGCCAACUGGAUGCACUCGAGGCAGUCGAGGCCGUCGAGGGAGCACUUCGCGCGGCACGACUCCCACACCACUGCACCCAGCGUGUUUGACAAUGACGUUUUGAAACCACCAACCCCCCCACUCCCAUCCCAAGCAGCAUCAACAUCUCGUCUUUGACGUGAAUCGCUGCCCCAUAUCAGCCGUCUGUUAAGCCGACGAUGCAACAGUAGUCCCAGCAACUCUCGACAACCCCCAGCAAAGCCCAGCAAAGCCCCAUCUCCUCCCCCGGCUAGAGCAUCAUGCCAGCCACAGCAUCUUUACCCUCCUUUUCUGAAACUGGCCUUUAACGGCUACUGUCACCUAUAAGCUUAUUCACGUAAACGGUACCGCGCUUGGCAGACGACACAGGGACAC